GAGAGAGAGAGAGAGAGAGAGAGAGAGAGAGAGAGAGAGAGAGAGAGAGAGAGAGAGACCCGCCGGGCAAUGACUGGUUAAUAAAGUCUCCCAGAGAACGAGGGAGCAGGAGAGAGACAGAGAGAGAAGAGUCGAUGCGCCUUCGUCUUUACUCUCCUCGCUCACCAGAGACAGAGAGGACGGGAGACUCGGCUUCGACAGGAAACAAGAAAUACAAUUAAAGGGUUAUUCUCUGAACAACAAGAAAAGAGGACGGAACGAGAGAAUCCUGGAGAAAAAAACUGAACAAGAAAGAAAGAAUGUUCUACCCAAUUAUUUUACAUUUUUAAUUUUAAGCAAGUCGGAGCUUUUCUUUCCUUAAAUCAAGUGUACAUUUUUGUAAAUAUUGUUUUCUUAAUAAUAUAUCAUUAUUAUGUUAUAGAUAUUUAUAUAUGUUCGUUCAUCUUGAAAAGUUGUGGAACUUCAUAACUUUUCAAAUCUUUUUUCUCAGAAGUUUAACUUUUUUUUUUGAGGAUUCAUCGAAGUUUCCAAACAACACCAGGAUAAAGUUCUGGGAUGUUUUAACUGGAAGACUUUCCUCGUGGUUUCACUUUUAAUAAAUGAAGAAAUAAACGGGACACAUUCUGAAUUUGAAAUCUUAAACAACGUGGGUUUUUAAUCUUCUCGAAACUGAAAACGACUCGGGAUAGUCUCCCUGAAAACCAGAAAUUCAAAAUUAAAAAAAAAAAAUCAAAAAACGAACACACGUCCAGUAUCUAUGUCUUAUUUAUUUAUUUAUUUAACGAUUGAUGUUAUUUUAAUUGUUUUAAAUUGCAUGUGUAUGCCCCUCUGUGAUAAAGUUGUUAAUUCGAUUCCAUUACGCAGUUAAACUCCCAGUGCAACAGGAGCCGAUUAGUAAUCAUUCAGUAAUAGCCGAGUCCUUUUUAAUUCUCGAAUCUGACUCCAGUUCGGUUCGAGUUUGUAUCGGUCUAGCGAAGUGAAGAAGCAGAGAGAAACUUAAAGAAAGAAAGAGAGAGAGACAACUUCAUCAGAAGAGACCUUUUUAAUUCAACGACAUUUCGCCCCUGACAGUCAGUGUUUACAGCGUGGAGCCGCAGCUCGCCAUCACAGCCACUAUGACGCUCCUCGCCUCUGAACGAUCCAUCCUCAUCCGCAACAAGUUCCGCUCCGUACUGCAGCUCCGGAUGCAACAUCGCAGGCAGCAGAAUGAAGCCAGCUCUGAUACAGCUCUGUCGAAUGGUUCUCUUGGUGUGAGGGGGGAGAGAGAGCGGGGAAAGGCGCCUGAUGAUUUCCUGAAGCACAAAACCCCUCAGAGACUCCCUGGCCCGGACCCCGACUCUAGAGUUUGCCUACAUCUCCCACAAUCAUCCUCUGACAGUUUUGAUGAUGACAUCAGCAGCUCUUCCGCCUCCACAUCUCCUGACCAAUCGCAGGGCCUCUCUGUGUCUCCGGGGCGACCAGCUGACCACCCGCGGAGCUCCUCCUGCCCAGGCCCUGCCCCCUGUCCCUCAGCACCCAAUCACAGCAGCGCUUCGUCGCUCUCGGCAACCGAGAGCAGUGCGCAGCCAAUCACAGCCAGCCUCUCGGAGAGCGACUCCAUGGCAACAGCCGGGAGAGCCAAUGGGAUGUUCCUGUCUGUGCCGCCGACGCCCCUCCUACCCAAGGCCCCCUCUCCCCCAUCCUCUCUCCUUCGGCCCCCCCGCUCCAAGAAGUCGAAAGAUUCGAAGCCGAAGCUCCGGAAGCUGAAAUAUCACCAGUACAUCCCUCCUGACCAGAAGGGCGGGGCCGGGGGCGGGGCCAUGGGCGGGACGCAGGGACACGCCCCCUCCGCCAUGGACUCUGCCUACUCCCGUCUGCUCCAGCAGCAGCAGGUGUUUCUACAGCUUCAGAUUCUGAGUCAACAGACCCUGGAUCAGGACCAGAGCCAGAGCCAGGGGGCCGGGUCUGCUUCCACAGAGCAGGGAAUCAGCAGCAGUAGUGAGCAGAUUCUCAACAUCACCGGAGCCACGCCCACAGUCUGUCCCCGGCCCCUCCCCCUCGCCCCAGGACAUGCCCCCAGUGCCUCCGGCUCUGCCUCCAAACCAGAGCCCCUCCCCUCCAACCUCGAUGACCUCACGGUCUCUGAGCUCAGGCAGCAGUUAAGGCAGUGUGGUCUCCCCGUCUCUGGCACUAAACCAGCCCUCCUGGAGCGUCUGAAACCUCUCCAGCGAUCCUGCCCCCCUCCCACCCCCCCUCCCCUCACACACAGCCCCUUCCUCACGCCCCCCACCGCCUUCGUCAUCCAGUACCAGGAUGUGAGCGUGAAAAGAGACAUGCAGGAGAGGCAGAGGAACAGGCCCCGGGAGAGGGGCGGGGCCAGGGGUGGGGCCACCCUGCUCAGCCCCACCCUCAGCGCACAUGCACUCACUCCCCCCAGCAUGCAGGGGGCGCUGCAGCGGUUUGGAGUGAAGGAGUCUGAGCAGAGAGGAGAGGAGAGGCAGCAGCAGGGCUUGAGCAGCGACACAGACACACAGGCCGACAGCUUCACCACACAGGUGUUCUGCUCUCAGCCCAGCUGCGAUGUGAUUGGUCAGGAUUUUGAAUUGCCGAUGGAGAUUACAGCUAGUCCUGCCCAGGCCCCUCCCACAGGGCGGAGUCUGGAGGAGGAGCUACAGGAGGCCAUUCAGAGAGUGCAGAUGGCUCCCAGUCAGUCCAUUGAUGACAUACUGGAUGUACCUAUCAGCAGCUCAGACUCUUCUCUCACGGAGCCCCUCCCCUGCCCCCUCCUUCUCGACCAAUCCCAGUCCUCUCAGCAGAGCCCACCCCCCCGCAGUGAUGACAGCUUCCUGUCCGAGCCGCUGUGUCCCUCCCUGUCUCUGGAGCUACCCCCCUCCCCUCUGCCUCCCCCCACCCAGCCCCCUCCCCCUCCCUCUCCACCCCCCCUCCUCAGAGCGAGCUUCGACCCUGCAGACUGGCUCCGCCCCCCUGUGCCCCCUUUCACAGGAGCCGACUUCGGGCUGGACUGUGAUGCAGCAUCAACAGCGUGGCUUGGUAGCCAUUGGUAACCCAUGGUAACCCAUCCCACCUCCUCCCCACUCUCUGUGUGAAGAAGGGUCUCCUUCCCUCUGUCUCUUCAGUUCAUUUCCACACUGUGUCUCUGCUCCUGGUUUCUGUGCUGCUUUCCAUGUUGCUGAGGCUCUUGAACCUGGAGCCAGCUGGUUUGUAUAAUACAGGCCAGUGAUUAUACACAGAUGGCUCUCUUGUUUAAUACAGGACAGUGUUUUUGCACAGGGAGAUCUCUUGUAUAAUACAGGACAGUGUUUCUGUACAGAGGGCUCUCUUGUAUAAUACAGGACAGUGUUUCUGUACAGAGGGCUGUCUUGUAUAAUACAGGACAGUGUUUCUGCACACGGGGCUCUCUUGUAUAAUACAGGACAGUGUUUCCGUACAGAGGGAUCUCUUGUAUAAUACAGGACAGUGUUUCUGCACAGAGGGCACUCUUGUAUAGUACAGUGUUUCUGCACAGGGGGCUCUCUUGUAUAAUACAGUGUUUCUGCACACGGGGCUCUCUUGUAUAAUACAGGACAGUGUUUCUGCACAUGUGGCUCUCUUGUAUAAUACAGGACAGUGUUUCUGCACAGAGGGCUCUCUUGUAUAAUACAGUGUUUCUGUACAGGGGGCUCUCUUGUAUAGUACAGUGUUUCUGCACAGGGGGCUCUCUUGUAUAAUACAGGACAAUGUUUCUGCACAGAGAGCUCUCAUGUAUAAUACAGGACAGUGUUUCUGUACAGAGGGCUCUCUUGUAUAAUACAGGACAGUGUUUCUGCACACGGGGCUCUCUUUUAUAAUACAGGACAGUGUUUCUGCACAGAGGGGUCUCUUGUAUAAUACAGGACAGUUUUUCUGCACACGUGGCUCUCUUGUAUAAUACAGGACAGUGUUUCUGCACAGAGGGCUCUCUUGUAUAGUACAGGACAGUGUUUCUGCACAGAGAGCUCUCUUGUAUAAUACAGGACAGUGUUUCUGCACAGAGGGCUCUCUUGUAUAAUACAGGACAGUGUUUCUGCACAGGGGGCUCUCUUGUAUAAUACAGGACAGUGUUUCUGCACAGAGGGCUCUCUUGUAUAAUACAGGACAAUGUUUCUGCACAGAGGGCUCUCUUGUAUAAUACAGGACAGUGUUUCUGCACAGGGGGCUCUCUUGUAUAAUACAGGACAGUGUUUCUGCACAGAGGGCUCUCUUGUAUAAUACAGGACAGUGUUUCUGCACAGAGGGCGCUCUUGUAUAAUACAGGACAGUGUUUCUGCACAGAUGGCUCUCUUGUAUAAUACAGUGUUUCUGCACAGAGGGCUCUCUUGUAUAAUACAGGACAGUGUUUCUGCACAGAGGGCUCUCUUGUAUAAUACAGGACAGUGUUUCUGCACAGAGGGCUCUCUUGUAUAAUGUAGGACAGUGUUUCUGCACAGAGGGCUCUCUUGUAUAAUACAGGACAGUGUUUCUGCACAGAGGGCUCUCUUGUAUAAUACAGGACAGUGUUUCUGCACAGAGGGCUCUCUUGUAUAAUACAGGACAGUGUUUCUGCACAGAGGGCUCUCUUGUAUAAUACAGGACAGUGUUUCUGCACAGAGGGCUCUCUUGUAUAAUACAGGACAGUGUUUCUGCACAGAGGGCUCUCUUGUAUAAUACAGGACAGUGUUUCUGCACAGAGGGCUCUCUUGUAUAAUACAGGACAGUGUUUCUGCACAGAGGGCUCUCUUGUAUAAUACAGGACAGUGUUUCUGCACAGAUGGCUCUCUUGUAUAAUACAGUGUUUCUGUACAGAGGGCUCUCUUGUAUAAUACAGGACAGUGUUUCUGUGCAGAGGGCUCUCUUGUAUAUUACAGAACAGUGUUUCUGCACAGAGGGCUCUCUUGUAUAAUACAGGACAGUGUUUCUGCACAGAGGGCUCUCUUGUAUAAUACAGGACAGUGUUUCUGCACAGAUGGCUCUCUUGUAUAAUACAGUGUUUCUGUACAGAGGGCUCUCUUGUAUAAUACAGGACAGUGUUUCUGUGCAGAGGGCUCUCUUGUAUAUUACAGAACAGUGUUUCUGCACAGAGGGCUCUCUUGUAUAAUACAGGACAGUGUUUCUGUACAGAGGGCUCUCUUGUAUAGUACAGGACAGUGUUUCUGCACAGAGGGCUCUCUUGUAUAGUACAGUGUUUCUGCUCAGGGGGCUCUCUUGUAUAAUACAGGACAGUGUUCCUGCACAGAGACAAUUUCAAUCACCCAGAAACGUCUCAAAGUGAUCUCAAUAAAUACAUAUUCUUAACUCCAAAUAA